CCGACUGUAGAACGAUUUGUGUUAAAUGUGGCUGCCACUGUCCCAGACGCGUUGAAAUUGCUGGCCACCCUAGCGGACAUCGUUGAUGAACCCACCUUCGUCUCUAUUACUAAACAUGGUCUCAAAGUCCGGGAUUUAUUCAACAGCCCCGCUAGAGUAAAGCGAUAUUUAGCAUCAACAUUCAACGUGACUCAGGACGUCGCGGAAAGUGUUAUGGGAUCGGAGCUAAGUUUCCAAGGUAUAAUGAAAGGUAAUAUAGACAGAUGUAGUGCAAAUUCACUAGCACAGACGCUGAAGAUGGAAAAUGCAGAACAUUUGAGCUUAAUGGUGGAGAAACUAUGCUCGCUCACAAAUAGGGAUAUAAGGAAAAUACUUAUAGAUCUAAUAGUAGAAGUAAAUUUUGGUAAAUAUAUAAAUAUGAUAGGUGACAUGUAUAAGAAGCUAAGCGGAGACGACCGGCUAAAGCAACUGGGUUACAUGUUAACUGCAGUAUUACGGAUGACAAAUAUCAACAGCUUCCUGCCAUCAGAGCUGACAGUCUUCUUCGGGAAUGAGGAAUUCAGCUACUUCAACUUGACAUUAAUUUCUAAGUUCAUGGACCAAUUUAAACCAACAUUUGCUGAUACACAAGCAUAUAGGUCGAUAAGGGAACUCGUCGAUGCCGCUAUAGCUGGGAUCCAGUAUUUAAACAAAUUCAUAGUCAAUAAGGAUUCCAAUAGAACUGUAGAAGACAUUUCAAGUUUAUUAUUGACGCACGUUGGCAACAAACUCGGCGGCAAUAAUGAUUUUAAAGCAGUUUCUAACGACGUUAAUGAUGCUGUGCAGGAUUUCGUUGGAAAUGAAUCGGGUCAUGAUGUUUUUGAUGUAUUAUCAAAACUCGCCAAUUUAAUAUUUAAGUGGAUUCCGGAUGGCCAAAAACAAGACGUUCUCUUCUAUUCAACUUUGCUGACUAAACUAAUCGAAGGAGCACAUAAAGUCGUCUCCACCAACAUGCAUGUAGAAGAGGUGGCUUACAAUACUUCCUUGCGGAACUCUGAAGGUUUUAAAUUAUUGCUGGACAUUCCAGCUCCAAUUGUAGUGAAGGGUUUGGAAGCAUUAUCUGAUGCAGAGAGGACUCAGAUCUUCACUUCUAAAAUUAAUUCCCCUGGACAGCUGUUUUGCGAUAGACUAAAGCUACAAAGAUUCUUUGUGGUAUCAAAUGCCGACGCAGACAUGCUGAAGGGUAAACUCUGUAAUGACGCUUGGAAAAACUAUAUUUCAGACCUAAUACGAUCUUUUGGUUUCUUUGACGUUAGAGAUAAUAUAAACAAUAUGGCAUCGUUAUUAAUUCAGAAAACUGUUGGAAAAGACACAAGCAGUCAACUUUACACGAUAGACAAAGAUUUUCAAGUUCUUAAGGAUUUCUACUUUACGUUGACUAGUAUAAACGCUGAGCACAAAACUAAGGUUGAUUGGAGGACACUGCUUGAUGGCACUAAAAACGGAAACUUUUUGGAAACAUUUCAGAAUAAGACUAAUUUGAGGAAUCUGAUAUUAAUAACCCUCCAUGGAGCUUUAGCAAAAGAGAUAGUCAAACAAAAUACGAUCUUGGACUUCAAGAUAACUCCAGUCUUGAUCGAUGCGACGACUAUGUUGAUGGCUUUGAAUGCCCAGCUUGCGACCACACCGACAGACGUGACAGAUGAGGUGAAGGAAAUGUAUCCUGACGUAUUGAAGACUGUGCUAUUGACUGCUUUGGAUGAAGAAAAGACUUAUAGAUCUUUAUCGACACAUAGCGAAGACAUUUUAUGUCGGGGAGUUGAAAGGGCAUCUUCAUUUAUAUUAAUGCCAUCAGCAGUAGACAGCAAUCGUUUGAUCUCCGCGUUGUGUCAAAUGUCCAGUGCAAUCGAAAAAGGAUUCCUAAGCAACUCAUCAAUUGGAAAAGCUAUAGAAAAGGUAAAGAAUUCUAAACAUAGCGCGCUAGACGAGGUAAAAUGGACCCAACUCAUCAACGGAGUCAAACAGUUGUAUGCCACUUUAUACAGAGACUACACUUAUCUGUUCGAGUUUAAAACCUAUGGGAUGGAUCAAGAGACACAGAAAGAACUUGAAGUAUUAUUGGACGAAGCAAAGAAUUUUUGGUUUGGAAAGAACAAUAUACAAAGAAGCUUGCAUUUAAGCCUUAAGUUUGGGUUUCGCUUGUUGGACCUCCUGGAUCGUGAGAUCUUCAAUCUGACCAGCGAGGGUUGGAUGAAAGUGAAGGGCAGCUUCGGUAUGCUUACUGGACCUCUGGCGGUAGCUGAAGAGUUCAUUAAAGUCAUUGCAGCUCUAUCCCGGAACGAAUCUUAUACCUCAGAUCUACCUCCCACCACGGUGCAGGUUGUUCGUCGGCUGAUUCCUAAUCUGCCUCAUUUGAUUGCCGAUGCCUCUCUAAUCCUUGCCAGUGAUAAUACUGAUAUAGAACCGAUUAUAGCAGCACUCAACGAGGAUCCGCCAUGGCCUUGUUCCAACAGCCUGACUAAUCUGCUGGACCUCACGGACAGCUCGAAGGAGGCCGUGGAGGCACUUGAGACAGUGCUGUGUUUGGAUAGAAGCUUCCAGCUGGAGUGGAUCGAGUAUCUCAAUGAGAAAAACUUGACGAAUCUUAGUAUACAAACUUGGAACACCACAGCACCAUAUCAACACAUAUUUCUGAAGUUCUCCUCAACAUUCGAUUCUGUGAUAAAAGAUACAGCAGCCCUCAAAAACGUUCUAGAUGAAAUAGUGAACGAUUCUUCUGAAAUGACAGAAAGACCUGUAACGUUCGUUUCGGCUUGGAGAUAUGCCCACCAGACGUUGAGGGGAAAAAAUGUUGAGAUACGAAAUUUCUUCUCAAAAUUGGACUUCGUCUUAGACUCAAUUGUAACACCAGUAGCCCAUGGCAACGUACCUUUGAACAGCCUAUGGGAAGAAUACGUGAAAUGUUCAACAGCUGCAUACAUAGAGGAUGACUGCAGGCUCCUCUUGAGAAGUGCUGUUAAGAACUCUCUUAGGUUCUUGUCUGUUCUGGUCAAAAAUAUGGCUGAAGAUCUUCAUACUUAUUUCUAUGAAAUUAAUGAGCCGGACGCUAACCUGCUUCAAAUAAUGGGCUUCACGAAGAAAACUGGCCUUUACAUGUUGUAUGAUAAGAUGACCGAUUUCAUCGGAGUAUUGCUCAACUCUUACUGGGAUUAUGGUUUCAUGAACCAAGUACGCAGAGCAUCCCAAUCUCAGUUCUGGGACUGCGACGCCCUAGUGUCGGCGUUAACCCCGCCGCCUGGCAGCGGCAUUGACGCUGCUAGCAUCCGCAGAGUCCAACCGUACAUCUGCCCGUCGCUCUUGUACUGGAUCUCGCUGCCGAGAGGCGAUAACACAUUGCUUGAUGUCGUGUCGAAACCGCAAUACUACUUCUUCACCGUAAAUGCUAGUAAUUUGAUAAGUAAUUUCGAAGAUGUUUUCGACAAAGUAAACAAUUUGACAACUCUGCUAAAAGAUAUCGCUAGUAAAAAUGUCGCUAUUCUAUCUGAAGAAGACUUUAAACUAAGCACAAUGAAAAGCAAAUUUGAGGCUAACUUUAAUUCAAUUUUAACUUAUACUGUUAAUAAAACAGAUACAUCAUAUAAGUUAUUUAAUGAAAUAAAUGCAAAACAAUUUGCAGCUACUGCUUAUUUAGCCAGAAUAGUGGCUAUCGUAAACAAACUUCACACUACUACAGAAAGCCUAAAUGUUGAUGAUAUCGCUAAAGAGUUAACCGAUGAUGACGUAAAAGUAAUAGAAAACGAUUUGACUACCAUACAGAAAAUAUUUAAAAGAAGACCAACAGAGGCUGUAGCCUUGCAUUUUGAUUUGAUUACGAAUGUUUUGUGGCAAAAUAAUGAUAACUACACAUUAACCAAUGGUAUGACAGAAAUGUGUGAUAACUUGAAAAAUAAUGAAACACAGAAAGAUAUUUUACUUGACAUGCAAAGGACUAAAGUGUUGUUAUGUGCCAAGAAUUUCCGAGUGGUUUAUGAUGCAGUUGAAGACACUGUUAAAGAAGAUUAUGAACUCACACGAGGUAGUUUAUAUAAUUUGCUGGACAUUUUGCAACAAGAUGUAGUAGGUAAUUUAACAGACGUAGGAGAAUUUCUUAAACAAAGGACUCAAAUUAUCAAUUAUUUAAAACACUCAAUAAAGUAUUCCUACGACCUGGGAAUCCCAAUAUACCUCAAAUACCUACAUUCUGCUCUUCAGCAUCAAGAUGUUAUUCUUAGUUUCAUCUCCGGCGGUAAUUGGUGGAAAGACCUAAGGAAUAUCUACAAUGGACAGUACGCUACAAGAUUUUUCGACAACUUAGAAAAUAGCUUUGAUAUGGUCGAUGACGUGGUCACGAAUCUUGAUCAAAUUCAUUUUGUCCGCCUCCUUCGAGAUAUUAACGUGAACAAUACAGAUGCUCUGUGCCUCCCCAACAUUACUCUAUCCGACUACGUUCCAGACAAAACUGGAAUAAUUUCUGAUUUGAAAAACCAGCUGUGUAUGGAAGAGAAAACAGAAUUGUUCAAGGAAUUGCCACUGCUUGUAAUAGCAUCUCAGGGUUACGACAUGGAUCUUAAACUGCCUAAAGAAAUCAACUAUACUUCCCUAAACUUAGACAUAGCAAACUUUGAAUCCAAAUUUGACUUGGUGAAAAACGGCCCGCAAACUCCUUUGAGACCCGAUUGGGUAACGGAAGAGAAGCUAGUUCACGUGAGAAUGGUAGCAAUGAGCUUGCUGUCUCAGGAGUCUAUAACGAAGAUGGCUUUUGGAUUCUUAACCAAUAUUGUUGAUGCUGGUACACUUUUUUUGAACAACAGCAAAUGUUCGAUCUGCUCUCCAUUGACGACUUGGUUCAAGCAAUUAAAUCUUCAGUUAUUCAAAAAACAGGAGUACGACAAUUUACUGUGCCAUUUGCAUGAAAUGAGCAUGGACGAUAUAUACCAGGCUUUAAAAAACAACUUCCAUUGGGACAUGGCACUCAGAGAGCUGAUGUCAACACGGAACUAUACCAAAUACGAGCUAAACAAGGCAGUGAAUGAAUUUCUGGAACACGUAGAAUUACACUUUCUCGAAGAUUUGUCCAAUCAUUCACCUAAAUUAUCCGACUGCCUUGCGAAAAACGUCAGUCGCAAUGCGUUUGGAAACGCCACCAUAUUCGCACAAGUAUUAGCACAAUCCUUAAAACUGCUUCGAGCACAGCUGCCUCAUGUAAAAGAAAUAGAAGGAAUCAGUGACACACCUUUCAUGAAGAAGCUGCUAUCUGAUGUGGCGCACAACCUUGACGUGAUGGCGCCUUUGAAGAUGUAUUUGAAGAAGGAUAAUGAGUUGGCCAAGGAGUUAACGACAAUUGGACAGGGUGUAAUAGACGUCGAUGAUAUAAUAAUUAAUUUGCGGACAAUCAAUCGAUGCAAGGAACUUAGCGAUUGUGUGAAAGUACGAAACAGCGAUGGCAACGUCUGGGGAAAGAUAAAUUGUAGUGAAAUCAUCGAAGUUAUUAACAAUAACUUGAACAAAACUCUGGUUGAAAAACAGCUACCAACCCUACAGAUUGCUGAAUUCUGGCGUCUCUCCUUCGUUACAUCCAUAAUCGAACAUGUAGAACAGCUGAUAAGCCACUUAGCUCGUCUCCUCGGCGUUGCCAGUGGCAUGGACGUCCAGGCUCUGAUGGAGGGAAGGUUGGCGGCCAUGCUGGAUUUCGUUAUGAGGCUGCUUACUGAUGAGAUUCUGGAUAGUGUCAUAUACAGUUUACAAAGUAUAAUAAAAGAGCUCCAGCCAAUCUUGAAAGACUCUUCUUUGGAAGCAGAUGUAACAUUUCUAACUAAUGGGUUAAGAGUAAUACAAGACUUCAAAAACUAUUUCCUGGAAAAAGAUGAUCUUAGAGUGGACGUGUCAGAAUUGUUUUCUUCGCCGGAUCGCUUGGAGUCAGCACUUAGUGCACUUGGCAUCAACAACACCAACUUCUGGUCGAUCGCAGCGCCCAGAGUUCACGCGGGAUACAUCAACCUUAAGCCGAUCAUAACCCCAAAAUCAGACUACCAAAUUGCCAGCUUCGUCUGCCAGACAGAAAACAUGUCGCAAGCCAUCAUUCCAGCCAACGUGGACGUAGUGACUUUAGACGACGUCUAUGGUGCUAUUAUAGAACAAUUCUGCAACAUUGAAGAUGAACAGGCGAAGCAAAUUGUGCCUGCGUUGAUGGAGAACGUCAACUUUAGUUACGUUUUGGAUAAGAUAUCAUCAAUCCUCCUCGUCCAACUGUACUCAGCGGCAAACCUAACUACCGACGAGGGAACCAUAGUCCUGGAGAGCUACCCACAGAUGGCGUCACUCCUGCCUAUUAUCCAGGAUAAUGUGGGGAACCUCAGUGAGGUGCUGGCGAACGAACCAAUCUUCCAGAAGCUGGCUGAUUUCACGUCUGUCGGCAAUCUGUUUUCUUCAUCGAGUUUCUUGGCGUCUGCCGGGAAUAUGCUAUGCGGCACGCCUAUGAAGGUACUGGACAAUCGCUUCUAUAAGGCUAUUGUUGAGACCACUGACUUUUCUAAGGAACCAGAUCCAAUGCAGUUGGAAGUGUUACCAACCGAUUUCUGCCGUUCUAUUUACAAGGAAGUGCUAAACAUGUACGGUGGCAAAAUUGUAUGGAGUUAUAUAAAGCCCAUCAUUAUGGGAAAGAUAUUGUACACUCCCGUGAAUCCGAUGGUCGAGAAAAUUAUUCGACAGGCAAACUCCACCUACUCUCACAUGCAAAAACUAGUUGGCUUAGUCCACUCAUUCGCCAACGCGUUCUCGUCCAUCGACAAGCUGUCCCAACACCGAGACGGCAUCGCUGUGUUGAGGAGACUCAUAGCAUCACCAGCUUUUGGGCAGCUGAGAAACAAUCUCAUUGGCGACGCUGCUGUACCUGAUCUGGAUGUAGAUGGGCUGUUUGAUGAAUUCGGAGAUUUAAAGAACGUAGGCAGCAUGCUCCGCAAAGGCUCAGACUUACUCCAUUGCAUCAACAUGGACCGCUUCCGACCCAUGCCCGACGAGAAGGAGCUCACCCACGAGGCAGUCAGACUUACGAGGAUUAACGAAUUCUCCGCUGGCCUCGUAUUCAUGAAUGUGGACGAGGAGGCCGGGAGUCCAGUCAGUGUGGAAUACAAGAUCCGUAUGGAUAUAGAAAGUGUGCCGUCUACUACGAGAUUACGGAAUCAAUUUUGGACUCCCGGCCCCGAAGAUAGUUUCCUCGAGAACAUGCGGUACUUCCGCGGCUUCGUCCAGAUCCAGGACCUGAUCGACAGCUCCAUCAUCAAGCUGGCCGCUAAUUCUUCUAGAAGCGUCCAGAACAAGGUUCAGAAGCGUGACAUUGCUUCUCGAAUGGUCGAGAAGUGGGCGGUGUACACACAGCAGACACCAUAUCCGUGUUAUAGGAAGGACUAUUUCCAGUCGUCUCUGUACGAAUCACAAGCGCUGGUUGUAGUGUUUUUCUUCUCGCUACUGUUCACUGUGGCAUCAGCCGUGCGGUUUAUAGUCUCUGACAAGGAAUCUGGGAACACUAUGCUCAUGUCCGUAAUGGGCGUGAACCUGGCGUAUCACACGCUGUCCUGGUUCGUCACGUCACUAGUGGAGCUGGUAGUAACGGCGGCAUGCGUCACGCUCGCGCUGACGGCCAGCGGCGUGCUGCCGCGCACUGACGUCACGCUACUGUUCACGCUGCUGGUCAUAUAUGGCUACUCCGUGCUUAUGUUCUGUUAUGCGAUGUCUAAACUGUUCUCAACGGCAAGCUCAGCGGCAGUGACAUCGGCCCUGGCUUACUUAGUCACUUUCAUGCCCUACGUGCUCAUACUGUCUCUUGAAGCACUGUUGUCGCUCAACGCCAGGCUGUGUGCUUGCCUCUCGAUGUCGACAGCGUUUUCCUACUCCCUGCUCUUCAUAGCGCGCUUAGAAGCCGUUGGUGUCGGCGCGCACUGGUCUGACCUCUGGGCCUCCCAACCUGGUGAUGGCAUGAGCAUUGGACUGGCAGCCAUUAUGAUGCUAGUGGAUGGGCUGCUUUAUUUGGUUAUUGGAUGGCUGAUUGACAGAUAUUUUGGUUUAAAGACCCUUAGCAGCAGCAUAACCUACACGACCACGUCCAGCGAGAAGGCGGGAGUGAGCAUCGUCAAUGUGACCAAGAUAUACGGCGAACGCUCCCGCCGACCCAAACUGGCGCUCGAUAAUGUGUCCAUAGAGCUGCAUAAGGGUCAGGUCACUACGCUGCUGGGGCAUAAUGGCGCUGGGAAGACUACGCUCACAAAUAUCCUAACGGGCAUGCUAAAGCCAACCAGAGGGCACGUGACAAUCCGAUCCGAGCUGGCCGGCGGGACCCGCUUCGGCGUAUGUCCUCAACGCGACGUACUGUUCCCGUGCCUGUCUGCGAGGGAACACAUAGCAUUGUACGCACAACUGAAGACAGGGAGACCGCUGCGGGAUGUCCAGGAUGAAAUAAACAGUAUGCUCCAAGUGCUGUCUCUGGGCCCUCACGCCGACCACCCGGCGAGCAAGUUGUCGGGCGGCACGCGGCGGCGCGUGUGCGUGGCGCUGGCCUUCGUGGGGCAGCCGGACUUGGUGUCGCUGGACGAGCCUGCUGCUGGCGUCGACCCUGCUGCGAGGAGGGAUAUCUGGUCAAUGAUCUUGAAGCUGAAAGAAGACAGGACUGUUCUGCUGACCACUCACCAUCUGGACGAGGCCGAAUUUUUGAGCGACCAGGUCGUCAUCAUGCAUAAGGGUCAAGUCCACACAAUGGGCUCUCCAAUCGAGAUCAAACGCAGCCUCGGCAACGGUUACAAACUCACCGUAACCUACCCCCACGACGAGGAAUGGAGGGAGGAAGACUUGGAGGAGAAGACCAAGAGGCUGCUGGCUACAGUGAGGGAUGUGGUCAGGAACGCACAAAUUGUCGAUGUGGACGGUCUGGAGGUGGAGAUUGUGCUGCCUUUCUUUGAUUCCAAUGGAUUGAAUAACGACUUCCACAAAGUGUGCACUACGCUGGAAUCCCGUCAGUCUGAGCUAGGUUUCUCAGCCUUCACUAUGGACUGCAGUUCCCUGGAGCAGGUGUUCUUCAACAUCACGUCGCAGGCCGACGCGCCCCAGACGGACUACGGGACCGCAUCUUCGUCGGACUCUGGAGACAGUCCAUCGAAGAGUGCGUCAAGCGCCAGCAUCAAAACAGAUCGAGCGCCGCUAGUGGACGCCUCAGGCGCCCUCACUGCGAGCAUCACCAGUCAGCUACGAGCAAUGUUACGAGCACGCUGGCUUCAUUACACCAGGAAUAGGUGGCUCCUCUUCCUUCUACUGGUGCUGCCCUCUCUGUUCGUGAUCAUUGCAAUGGGUUUCUCUAUGAUCCGGCCGCCAGCGGAUAAUGAAAUUCCUCUGAGGCUGCAUCCUGAUUUGUACUCUGAUGCUACCCAGUUUCUAGUCACGCAGCCCGCAAUGUAUUCAAAGGACUUGGAUCCAUCGUUUGUACAGCGAGUAUUGGACGAGUUACAGUAUCAGAAAUACAAUACUAGGAAUUGGACUAAUCAGGAUUCACCCGAAUGUAGAUGCGAGAUACGCCAAGUGUGCAACGUAACCGAGACACCAACUCGCCCUGAAAUGAUGCUUCUGCCUGAUGCUGACACUCUUAAUCAUUGGUUAAUCGAUUCCCAUGAGGCAUAUAUUGAGAAACGCUACUGCGGCUACUCGUCAGUCCUAAAAAACAACGUGAGCAACCUAGUGGCGUGGUACAACAACAAGGGGCACCACGCGCUGCCGAGCGCCGUGAGCGCGCUGCACGCGGCCGCGCUGCGCGCCGUGGCGGGCCCGCGCGCCCGCAUCGCCGCCUACACGCACCCGCUCAAGAUAUCGCACGAGCAGCUCAGCAAGUCCACUUUAUUACAGCACGUCGCUGACGCAGGCAUAUCCGGCAUGCUGCUGGUGGCAUACAGCUUGGUGACAGCGGGGGCAGCGGUAUACCUAGUCAGCAACAGGACGAGUCAGCAAAAACGACUGCAGUUGCUGACCGGCGUCAGCCCCGCGGCGUACUGGGCGGCCGCGCUCAUGUGGGAUAUGGCUAUUAUGGUGGUGAACAUAGUCAUCUCUGUGUGCGUGCUCGAGGCGUUUGGAUUCCCCGUGUUCGUGGCCAAGAGUAAUUUGCCCGCUAUCUGUUUGCUACUCCUUCUAUUUGGAUACUCCUGCGGCAGCCUAGUCCACCUGCUAGAGAAGCUAUUCACGGACCCCAGCCUCGCAAACAUGGUCAUCUUCUGCGCCAACGUCUUCCUCGGCCUGUCCGGCAUCACAAUAUUGCUUAUUAUGGACAUCAUCUCUGAAUCACAGGCGACGGACGACGCGCGGUGGGUGCUGCACAAGGUGUUCAUGUUGUGCCCGCAGUUUAUCCUGGCCGAUGCUUUGCUAGAGAUCGCGAAGAACACAGUGCAAGCGCAGGUAUUAGAGCGCUUCGGCAUGGACACCUACAAGGACCCGCUGUCGAGCGAGCUGCUGGUGUACCACUACGUGGCGUCCGCGCUGGUCGGCACAGUGCUCCUGCUGCUGAACCUGGCCAUCGAGUACGACUGCUUCGAGGGAAUCCUGGCCAGAUUCCGUAGCAAAGCACUAGCAGUCGACAACAACGAAAUGGAAGCGGCCGACGUAGUCGCGGAAAGGAGGCGCGUGGCCGAGGCCAUACAGGCCGCGAGCGCGCGGGUCGUGCGACUGCCCACUAUUGGGAACAUUAACGCGGGUUUCAUAGACACGGAAGGAAAGAAGAACUCAGUGAAACGAAUGGUGUCAACGACGGUGGACGUGGCGCAGUGCGUGGCGUUGAGCAAGCAGUACCAUGCCCUCGGCGGGCUGAGGGUUGCUGUCAGCCAGCUCACGCUGGGCAUACCGCCGGGACAGUGUACGGCGCUAUUAGGUGAGAACGGGGCGGGCAAGUCCACCACGUUCGCCAUGCUCACAGGGGAGGUGCGGCCGACCAGUGGCCAGAUAUAUCUGAACGAGGCGAUCGUCUCCCCUCGGCAGCUGUGCAGCGGGUUGAUCAGUUAUUGUCCACAAAAUGACGCCCUCGACCCGCUCCUAACGGUACGAGAAACACUCAGUUUCUACUGCGAGUUGAGAAGCAUCGAGCAAGAAGAUGAGGUUAUAAAGCGGACAGUGGCCAUGUUUGACUUGACGAAGUACGUAGAGGUGCGUACGGGCGCGCUCAGCGGAGGCAACAAGAGGAAGCUCUGCGCCGCCAUCGCUUUCAUGGGCAGGACCCCGUUGGUGUUACUGGACGAGCCUACCAGCGGCAUGGACCCCGCGUCGCGGGGCUGCGUGGCGCGCGGGCUGGGCGCGGCGCGCGCGGCGGGGCGCGGCGCGCUGCUGUCCACGCACGCGCUGCGCGACGCGCGCCGCCUGUGCGCCCGCGUGGCGCUGCUGCGGCGCGGGGGCCUGUGCGCGCUCGGCAGCGUCGACGAUUGUCUACGAAGAUUCGGCGGUGGCUACGCUAUAUCAUGUCGCGUGGGGCGCCGCGAGGACGCGACGCAGCAGAGCCCGCGCGUAGCCUGGAGGCGCGUGCUCGCGAGCAUGCCCCACGCCGUGCCAAGGGACCUCAGUAGGGGCCGGAUGCACUUCGUCAUUCCUGCUGUCCUAGAUGACAAGCAAGAGGCGACUCGUCUAAGCAGUAUAUUCAGACUCAUGGCCGAGCUGCAGAGUCAAUGCGACAUCGAAGACUACACCAUCAACCAAAGCUCUCUUGAAGAGAUGUUCCUAAGUUUCUCGGACAAGCCCCUCGAGGUGUCCUGGGAGCCGCUCCCGUCCCCGCGGCCGCGGCGGGACAGCGGACAACUCGACAGUAUUACGUCACUAUAAUUAUAACACAUUUUAGCUUUUAUUAUCCCCGUAAGGCCAAUGUACAUAUUCGUUUCAAUCUAAUUCGAACCUUUUAUGAAUCAAAUAGUGUAGCAUUUCUUCUGUUUCAUAGCUUUUCCAAACGAAUGAAAUUCAUCCCUAUUAAUACAACCAGGUUCAAAUUAAAAAUAGGAAUAUUUUGUAUGGUGGGCCUUACAAUUUAUACAUAUAGAAUUUAUUUUUCAAAACUACCCUUAAAUAAUGUAACAUUAUGAUGACCAAAUCAAUUAUUAUUAUUGUCUGUCCUUGUUACAGUCUAAUUUUAGUAUGGUUUAUGAUGGGCAACAAAUAACCCGACCAAAUUACGUAGGUUGUUUUUGGUAUGUUGUCAAAAAGUGUUUUUAAUUUAGUCGCGUUGCCAAUGUUCUGUCCCUCACAGGCGCACGUGUAUAGCACAUUUAUAGGAUACUACCAUCUAUGAUGAGGGUGAGGACCUUUAAUCAUCAUAUUAUUUUAAAAAGAUUUAGAUACUGAAAUAUUUGAGUGUUUUAAGAUAUUUAAACUGAAAAUUGCUGGACAAUUGUAAAAACUACAAUGUAAUUAUAAAGAGAUUAUUUGUUAUCUUGCCUAUUUGUUUGUGUUAAUGUUACCAGUUUUUGACAAACAUAUAUUUAAUUAAAAUGCAAUUAGAUUUUAUGUAGGUAAUCUUUUUUUUAAUUUCAAAAUGAUAACCAUCUUGAAAUAAUUCUGUAUUAGGUAUAGGAAUAGACGCAGGUUUGGGACACAGUUCAAAAUGCAAUACACAAAUACCCAAUCAUUCGAUAAAAUUUUUAGAUAUAAGAUAAUUUGCAAUGUAUGAUUUGUGAUAUAGAACUAUUGCUCAUAAAAUGACAUUAUUAAGUAAUACGUAAAUUAUGUGCAAUUGUAUAUUUGGAGCGUAUAUUAAAUACAAUAUACGUAGAUAUAAUGUAUAUUUAAUGUGAAUCUCCUAAAAUGUUACCUAUAUGUUUUAGAAUAAGAACUUUUUAUAAAAAGUGAUUUUUACAAAAACUAUGAGUAAUCGUAGUAAAAUAAUGUGUCUCAAGUUUUAUAAAAAAAAAAAAAAAUAUUGUAUAUUAUGCUGUUAUCAUCUUGAAAUGUUUACAACAGAAUUAAAUUUAGAUUUUCUUUGUUGUCUUUGUCGGCCCGCUCGUCGGUAGAAGCAAGCAGUUAACCUCCUAAGACUGCGUACAAUUUUUUGCACAUAUUCCAUCUAUUUUGAACCUUUAUUGAGAAAGUUCUGGGUCUCAGGAGAUAUACCUGAAUAUUACUGCAUAUUUUUCGAGAUAUUACUAGUUAUUUGUAAAGAGUACUUCAUAUCACAGAAUGGAAAGAAGUAGACAGAAAAAUGGGUUGCUAAGACAGAACUGUGAUUAGAGAACACGUCGAUAUCCUCGUUUACGCGUGACACACACAUUUCCCAAUUUUCAAAGUGCGUUUUAGACCUAUUUUCGUGAUUUUUUUUUCUAUAGAGAGAAAAGCGAAAUCAGAUUUCGCACCGAUGAAGUUACUAGAGAAUGGCCUCAAGAUUGUUAACCUCGCAAGGCCCAAGGUCCUACCUAUAGGACUUAUUCAGUUCAAUGAAAUUAAAAUCAUAUUCAAUUAGGACAGAGUUGCAUUUGUUUUGUUUCGUGCAAUUUUCAAACAAAAUAAAAUAUACUGUAUUCCGUGCACUAUAGGUUCAAAUUCCAGUGGCAAAUUUUGGAUUUUUCAUUUCUAUGGCUGGCUUUAAGAGGUUAAAUAAAAUUUUGCCAACCGUAUCCUGAUUUUUCAAAACCUCUGCUGACUGAACAUACUUAACUCGAGACUGAGCCGCGACUAGACGAACUCAAUAAUUGACAACAUUUCAUAUUUUUAAGUGCUAGUUUUUAUUGUCUACAUCGAAAGAACGCACUAAUUUAAGGUACCCGUAUUUUUUUUUAUUUUGCGUAAGUCCUAUAUUUUGGUUAUAAAAUCUAUUUAUAUUGUUGCUUGAAACAAAAGGGCGUAUGUAACAAACGUCAUUUGUGAGAAUCGUGACGUCACGGAUCUGUUUCAUACACUGGAAAAAACGUUGAAUUAAUUUACGUUUGAGCAUAGACAACAGUGCGAGUGACAUAACCUCAAACGUUAAAAAUAAAAUCACAAAUUAACAAGUGUCACAAACGUCAAAACUAAAGUCAAACGAUGGUUUUCAUCCCGUUUUCAAUGACAAUGACAAUGCCAACCCAAUCGGAAGUCAUUUUUUUGCCUGUAGUGGCAGAACUGAAGGAGCUGGGUGACGUCAAUUUCCGUUUUAACUAUUUUUAGAGAUUUUGAAUACAAAAAUUCGUAAAAAAUAUAUAAAAUUUAUUUUUUUGUAAUCUACAGGAGCCCCUCUCGAAAUGGUUUUCGAUUUAGGGAUAUUGACAAUUUUGAAAUGUUGUCAAUUUUGUGGAAUAACCGGGAACAGGAGGGGUAACAUUAUCCAAAGGAAAUAUUCCCCAAUUAUAUGAACAAUAUAAAUAAUCACUAGCUAUUCGGUGAAGGAAAAGAUCAUUAGGAAACCUGCGUACA